AUGUAUGGAUCAGUCGAUGUUUAUGCAUUGAGAUUGGUUCCUGAUUUGGUUGUCCCCAAGAAGUUUAAGGUUCCAGAGUUCGAGAAAUACAAUGGAACUUCUAACCCACGUAUUCACUUAGCAACAUACAUAGCAAAAAUGUCUGCACUAACUGAGGAUGACAAGCUCCUCAUCCAUUUCUUUCAUGAAGGACUUACUGGGUCAACUUUACGCUGGUAUGUUCAGUUAGACAGGAGUAAGCUGCAUACAUGGAAAGAUUUGACAGAUGCCUUUCUUAAGCAGUAUAAGUUCAAUUGCGAUACUGGGGAAAGGAUUGAAGCAAAUCUAAGACUAGGAAGGUUGCAAGAAAUAGCAGGGGAGGGUACUAUGAAAAAGGUUACUAAUCCUAACAGAAAGAAAAAAGGAGAAGUGCAUGCUGUAACUCAUGGCAGCUAUCGGCCUUUUUUUCCCAGAGGCAAUUUUAGCCCAAGAUUCCCCAAUCAAGCUCCCAUGGUAACUCCAAAAAGCCCAAUGAUUGCAAACAUUUCUCAGACAUACAACCAGCCAUCAUUCCAAACCUAUCCUCAAUACCAACAAAUUCCUCAUCCCCAAAACCAAUACAUCCCUAGACUAGUAAAUCAAUUCCCCAGACCACCACUGCAAGUGAAUCAAAACAACUUUAGGCCCCUAAGAAAUUUAAAUCCUCCACUUCCUAUGCCUUUGAGCGAUAUUUAUCGCUACCUACAGAGUAUAAACCAAAUUUUGCCCGUUCCUAUAGACCCCAUUCAGCCUCCAUACCCAAGAUGGUAUGAUGCCAAUGCUAAGUGUGAUUACCAUGCUGGGGUAAUUGGCCACUCCAUUGAUAAUUGUUUUAAGUUUCGAGGUGUAGUAAAUGCUCUCAUUCGGAAUGGUUGGUUAAAAAUUGAAGAUGAGGGGACAUCUCUGAAUGUAUCGACUAACCCUUUACCCACUCACGGGGCUAGAAAUAGUGGCCAAGUGAAUAUAGUGGAAUUCAAAAGAGGGGAACAGAUUAUAAAAAUGGAACAGUUGAUAGAUCAUUUUGAAGAUAUUCUAGAAUUGGCAAUAAGGGAAGGGUAUGUAACCCCAGUAGCACUAAACGUGGAUGAAAAGUCUAUUGGGAAUCAGCUAGAAUCAAGUUAUAGCUUUCAUAAGGGAGCUCGUGGUCAAGACAUCCAUAGUUGUAAUUGGUUUAAAGAGGAGAUAUUUACCCAGUCUGCUAUGGUUAGCACUCCCUUUCCACCUUUGAGUAAUCCCACUUUUGCCUCACCUACUGUGUCAUUUAGCCUACAUUCAAAUACAUCUCCAAGCCUCAAAAUAAUUUACAUGGGGCCAUCUAACCUUGACAGUCACUUAAGCUUACCCAAUAACCAAAUUGAGCCUAAGAUUGAGUUUCAAUCUCCUUACCCUGAAGGUAGUUCAGCUGCUAAAGAAGGGGAAAUAGAGUAUAUCACUAGAAGUGGAAGAUGCUAUGGCUCAGAAGAGGUUGAAAGGGCCAAGAAAGGGAAAGCAAAGGUAGGAGAAUCAACUGAGAGUAUAGAAGAAGUGCUUAAAGAAAAGGAAGAGGGGAGAAAUGCAUCAACAAGCACUACAGAGGGUGUUAAUCAGGCUUACAUUGUUCCUGAUAUUUCUCCAGAAAAGUUUGAGAAAAUUGUGGGGCAAAUUCAAGCUUCGAAUUUUGUAACUUUGUCCGAUGAUGAAAUUGACCCAGCUGGAUUAAAGUACACUAAGGCUUUACAUAUCACCGUAAAAUGUAAGGAAUGCAGGGUAGCCAAAGUUUUGGUUGAUAAUGGAUCUGCUCUUAAUGUAUUACCAAGUGCCAUUUUGGCUAAACUUCCUGUUGAACCUUCUCUGAUGCAUUCAAGUAAUAUGGUAGUUAGAGCAUUUGACGGGACCAAAAGAGAGCUGUUAGGGGACAUUGAACUGCCAUUACAAGUUAGGGCUUGUACCUUUAAUGUCAUUUUUCAAGUAAUGGACAUUGAGCCUACCUAUACGAUGUUGCUGGGUAGACCAUGGAUACAUUCGGCUAAUGCUGUAGCUUACUCCUUACACCAAAAAAUCAAGUAUGUUGCAAAUGAAAAGCUAGUGACAGUCAAGGGGGAAGAAGCAAUGCUAGUUACUAAACCUCAAUCGAUCCCUUAUAUAGAAACUACUGAGCAAGCACUUGAAAGUUCUUUUCAAGCACUAGAAUCAGCAGGUAUACCUAGGCAUACUUUGGAGGCGUCCAACAUGGAGGCAAAGGUGAUGUUAAAGAGUGGAUAUCAAAAGGAAAAAGGCUUAGGUAUUAGGCUACAAGGGAUAGCAGAACCUAUUACUAUGACUAAGAGAGAAGGGCAUUUUGGGUUAGGGUACAGUGAAAAUGGUUUGUUUGAUAAGAAGCCCUGGAUGAAGCAUAUUCUGAGAGAUUGGCGCUUUGACCAAUUUUAUGAUGAGAAGAUGGUUAUCCCUCACAUUCAAGAGACUUUCCUCUCAGCCACUCAAGUAGCUCAUCCACUCCUAGUCAUUCAGGAUAUCACUAAAGAGAUUGAGGGGUCUCUAUCAAAAUUAUCCAUUAAUGUCCUUGAGCCAAGUCAGAGCUAUGAUCUAUUGAUUGUGCCUAUGCAAGAAGGCGAGCAGCUGAACAAUUGGGAAGAAGAGGAUGCUCCAACAUUAUUUUUAAACCAACAAUUGACUUCUCCUUUUUCAUUAUUUUCCAUGCCCAAUGUUGAAAGUAAUAAUUCAAUCAAUAUGGAUAUUCCCCAGAUUAACUUUGAUAAACCUUUGAUUGCCAAUGAGGACAACAGUGUUGAUGGGGAAGAAGAGUGUAAACCUCUAAGAGAAAUAGUUAAGCAACUAGAAAUAGAUGAACCCAGUCUAAUACCUUGUGGUGAAGGAAUGAACACGUUGAAUUUGGGAACAGAAGAGGAUAAAAAGGAGUUAAAAGUCAUAGAUAAUGAGGGCAUGAAUGAAAUGGUUUCAUUGCUCAAAGAGUUCCUAGAUGUAUUUUCCUGGACUUAUGAUGACAUGCCAAGAGUUGAUCUGCGCAUUGUAACCCACAAAAUCCCUCUGGCACUAGGGACGAUACUUGUGAAGCAAAAACUUAGAAGAAUGCAUCCGGACAUGUUGAUAAAGGUUAGGGAUGAAAUCAAAAAAGAUCUCAAUAAAGUUAGCUUAAAGGAUGAUUUUCCUCUCUCACAUAUCGAUGUACUAGUUGACGAUGCUGCAGGUUUGGGCAGGUGUUCUUGUGUUGAUGGAGCCUCUGGUUACAAUUAG